AGCAUUUUUAUUUUUUUGCCUUCUUCUGAGGUAGCGCACCGCAAUGCCGAAGCUGGCUGAGAGGGCCAAACGCGACCCAACUGUCACCGCCCCUCCACAGGGCGCGUCUGCCGCGCGACCCCCGCCACAGCCACGCAUCCGGCCUCUUCCAGCGAAGACAGCCGCGCCUUCCGGAAAGCAAACGAAGCACAAGAAGAGUAAUCCCAACGCACGCCCCGCAUUCAACCAUCGCGCCCGCUUUACGAAGUUCAAGCGCCGCAUCCACGCACAGCGACGAUGGGUGCUGGAAGGGCGCGCAGAGGCACGCAUUCACUCCCCACAUGUGCAGGAGAACACACGCGCCGUUUCCCCUUCGAUUGGCUCUUCAAGCGUCUCAGAGCACGACGAGCGAGUUGAGGUAGCUACGGAAGACACUUCAGCGAGGCCUCGCGUGUCUCCGUCGCCAAACACCACGGCAGCAACCCAUGCAACGGCAACGGCAGUGACGCACGCAGUGGAGUCCAUGGACGCUUUGUUUCUGCAGCUCGAUGCUGCGAUGAAGCAACGGCGGUUCGGUCGAGCCGCUUUCUUAAAGCGAUGUCUUCGCGCGCGUCGGCAUCAGCUACGGCGAGAGCUGCAAUCAAAACUGCACUCACCAGAAACAACAAACACGAAGUCAGAUGAUGAUAGAGGCAUGGCUGACUCAGAGGGAAAGACCAUUGCGAUGGACGCCAUUGCAGCAGCAACGACAAUAUCACCGGCAGCAGCGGCGAUAGAAGCGUCAUCCACGUACCGCAGCUUCUACCCGUCCACUACGUGGCUCGGGGUGGGCCAGCAUUCACGCAGUGACUGGGUGGAUCAGCGCAGUGGUCGGUACCCGAAGGCGUUCCCGCAGGAGUGGACCCAAUUUAUCCUCCGCAACUUUGGAGAGGGGCAUCUGUUAAGCAAUCCUAUUGUGCCGGAGAAUUACGCAUGUUUGAUUCCCGUGCCGCCGCCGCCGCCCGCACCGGUGACGAAGGCUGGUGAUGACGGCACCCAUGCAAACACCUUCAACGUGGUUGCCCCUCCUCUCACCUCUACCCCGGUCCUCACACGUGCGCAGCGGCAGCAGAAGGCCGCCCUCUCCGUCGCUUCGUACUGCACCAACGUCGUGACAGACGCACUCGAUGACUUGUGCUUUACGCUCCUGCAAGGGCUUUACAAAGAGCAGCGAGAUCUGAAGCAGAAGCAGCCCCUGCAGUUCAAGGCGCGUCAACGGUACGUCGUCGGCUUCCAAGAGGUGUUGAAGUGUCUGAGAGCCGGGCGUGUGAAGCUGGUGCUGCUGGCGGCUGAUGUGGAGUGCGUGGAUGUGUCUGAAGCGGAGUUAAAGGGCCUCCGCACACCAUCACAACCGCAGCAGUCAACUCUCGUUCCCACCACGGCUAAAUUGGCUCGUAAAAAAGCUUUUCAAUCUCUUCAUGAAGCCGUCACUCAGGUGCAGCAGCUGUGUGCCACGAUAAAGCCGCCGCAAGCCUCGUCUGCCCCUCCAUCUGCACUUACAGCCGAGAGCAGCGUAGCACCACCCACACGAGCGUCGCCGUUGUGUGUCACGUGCAUGUCCCGGCAAAGACUUUCGUACGCGUUGUACGCGAAAGGCAGCAAAGUUGCCUGUGUGGGGGUGAUGCAGGCAGAGAAGAACCGCGACGCCUUCAAGGCGGUCGUGGCAUACGGUCGGCUGCUGACACGAGUCUACGCCAAUGAACUGCUAGAGGAGACACACGCUGACUAG